AUGAAUAGUUAUAUUCCCAUUACCGAUUCCAAACAAGAAACCGAAAUUCCUAAUUACUACUACGAUUCAUCAUCUUCUCCAACUGGAUGUGGAUUGUGUAGUUGUUUAAAGUUUUCCUGUUUCAAUUGGGGCAAAGGUAAUGAAGUUCACAGCAGAUCUCUCCUACAAGACCAUGAAACAGAGCACAGAGAGUCAUGGCUGGUGAUAUUGAAGAAUUUAUUAAGAAAAAUGAAUCGUAAUUCGAAGAAAUCGAAAGCUCAAUUUCAGUAUGAUGCUCAGAGUUAUGCUCUGAAUUUUGAUGAUGGAGCUCGUGUGGAAGAAGAUGGGCUUUUGUGUAAUUUCUCAGCUAGGUUCGCUGUCCCUGUUAUUGCUCAAAAACAGAGCAAAAAUGGUUUGUGA